AUGCAGAGGUCUGCUUCCAAACGCGGGUGGGUCGCCCCGGCGGCGGUGCCUCCGAGCCCCGUCUGGGUCACGGGCUGGAAGACGGCGCAGACCCCCGAGGGCUUGCUGGACCUGGUGCUGGAGGACGCCUACGCCUACCUGGACGCGCUGGAGCGCAGGAAGGGCUCCCUCUUGCUCGACGCGCCCACCCUCCUCACGCUCGCCGGCGCCCGUCUGGCUAGCCCGGGAGGCUCCCGGCGGGAGGGCCCCGUGCGCCUCUCGCUCGACCUGGCCGGCUUCUCCCCCGAGGACGUGGCGGUGCAGCUGGACGGCAGGAAGCUGAAGGUGACGGCCAAGCGGGAGACCAAGAAGCGGGCCCCCGACGGCUGCUGCGCCCGGGAUUACCGGGAAGUGUCCCGGGAGGUGCUGCUGCCCGAAGACGCGGACCUGGAGGCCGUGGCCUGCGCCCUCAACGCCGACGGGCAGCUCCGCAUCGAGGCCCCCCGCCUGCCCCCGACCACGCCCCCGGAGAGAGUCGUCCCCAUCCACAUCCAGCGGGAGGAAGAAGCCGUCGGGCAGGGGAAACAGGUGCCCAACGACGGAGAAGAGAAGAAGCCCGAAGGAAACAAAUAA